AUGCGAGGGCCAGGCCGGAUAGCAUUCCUGAUUUUGAACUUAUUGUCUUCAGCUCGAUCGGUGACAUCAACUGUCGACAGCCACGUCUACAGCUCACAUUCGCACACACAACCUGCGCCGUCAACCGUCUACACCUCGUCAUAUCUCUUCUCCUCAUCACCUCUUUCACUAUCGCCUUCAGUGUCAACGGUCACUCUACCGGCGACUCAUACGACCCUGAAUACAGUAUCCGACAUACCAGCCUCCAUCAGUGCCUCCAUAGAUAAGACAAUGGCCGACAUUGAAUCAUUGCUCGAUUCGGUCUACACUUCUGAGAAGUCGCAACCAAAUCUGCUUUACUACGAUCAGAAACCGUUCCAACAAGCACCAACCCCAGUGUCGUCUUCCGCCGCUCGUACGACGUCGGCGGUGACGACGACGGCUGAUGAAACCCACGUCACCUCCACGGCCGUCUCGGAUUCCUCGUCCAUGGUCCUGUCGUUAUCGAAGCCACUCGGAAGCACCCUCGAAUCCGUAAUGUCGCAUCCGGAAACCGACGACAACACAUCACCAAGAGGCUUGAAGCGCUCUCCGGGUAUGAUUAUCCCGUCUGAUGUGUUCAGUGGGGCGAAAAUUCACAAAGUCGAACCGCCAGUAUCAAAGACAACAACUACGACGGCAGUGACGACUCCAACCACCCGAACGGAAAUCCCAGCCGUGGACUCGUUCAACACCGAGCUACCGAAUACCUUCGACGAGCUCAAAUCGUCGUACAAGUGGUUGCGAGAGAUCUCCGAGGAUGAUGGCAGCUCGGUCGGUCAGGAGAUGGGUCGUCGCAAAUUACCAUCCAUUCCAUCGUACUCAUCAUAUUCGACUACACCGUCCUAUCCAACACAUCCACCCGGAGUCUCCUACAUCUCGGCGCCAGCGUCAAGCAGCGGCUCUCUGGUCAUGCCGCCGCAUUCUAUGGCACCGUUGGCCGUGCAGACUGAUUCACUGAAACGGCCAUCGCCUUCUAUUCGUUCACAAACCUCUCCUGCCCCCGUCUACAUCAACGCCAGCGCUCCGAUUCCAUCUACCUCAUCCAGCUAUUCUAUAUUCGGUGUCAGCUCUACCUGCACUCAAACCGCUCUUCCUCUCGACAAACUGCCAAACGGCCAUCUGCCCGAUUAUUCACGCCCUUCAUCUGUUGCUAGUGGUACUUCUUCUCUUGCUCGAUCUAUUGAUCCUGCCAUUAUUCCUGGUGCUUCAUUCCAAACUGCCAAGUCGAAAACUGCUCUUCGUCAACCCGUCUCCGUGGCCAGGACUAAACCGGCUUAUGUUCCAAAAAUCCCGAAUACUCUUGCUCGUGUGCUCCUUAAAAAGGAACUCAAAGAAGCGCUAUCUCGUCGUCGUGAAGCACUCGAAGCCUGCGAAAUCGAGGCCAACCAGAGGCAGUAUAUCGUGCAUAAGAUGCUCGUCACCGGGCUACUGCCCGAGGCUCGUGAGGACGAUAUUCCUAAUGUUACUCACUGUCUUCUACCGUUGGAACUCAUCACUGGAGCACGAGUUAUUCCGAAACCGACUCACACUGUUGCCACUCAGAAGAACGACAUCGACUCUCGAUACCCUACAUCUAUUCCGUCUCAUAUUCAGUUCAAACCUCAGCCGACCACGUCAGCGUCUGUCCAGUCGACUGUACCAGUUCCUGCUACUCGCUACCAACUUCUGCCAUCAACGUCACUUCGAGCUCAACUUGAUGUUGAGAGGAAGCCCCGCCUUAGGGAUUUCGGCAGUGCGAGGACCGUUGAAACGCAGACCGAGCAGAUCUCCACCGCUGACUACGCCCUCGGCAGCCAUCUAUCGAAGCCAUCGACGAGUCGAACGCCAACACAACAACGCUCCCGAAGCAACGCGAACGUGCAGACGAACGACCUACUCGAGGCGACCAAGAAGUACUUCGAGGAUUACGAUCGACAACUGAACGAGCUGACCGAAAAAGCUAAACGAGCACAACGUCGACAGUUCGAGUUCCACGAUGACGACCCACUGAGCCGAGAGACGAGACGAUUGCAGCUGAUGGACGAGCUAGCCCGACGUCGUGAACGAAUGCUUGCCAACAUCGACUUGCCGUCCGAGACGAUGCCCUAUCGUGCCUAUCACUCGCAACUUGCUCUGGACUCUUCUGAUUACUCAUCGCUGGUUCCGCACUAUGGAUCUUUGCCUCGGAUCGACUAUCCAUCACGCAAUAAACGAUCUCCGUUCACUCGCGAUUUCACUGUUCGCCAACAACCGACAAGCUCCAGUUACGCCUACAACUACGGCUCGUUACCACGCAAUUACGAGCGAUGUCUUGGACAACAGUUCAAUCCGAUCCAGGUAGACUAUGAGCAAUCGUUUGGAGCUCGACCAGCGCCGCCAGGCUCGAUGUCACGAUCCAUGUUCGAUCUGCACUCUGACAACAUCAUCGAUCCGCGCUAUCGUAUGCCGCCAAGCAGCAUCCGCUCGAUGAACUACAUGGACCAACUUGGACUCGAUCGAGGAGAUCCUCUGGCUUAUUCUGCCUCGUACAGGCCCGAUCCUUACCUGGCUGGCAGGCAAUAUGCCAGUGACACCGCCAACGUUCAGAUGCAACCGUCAUUCGCUUCACAACAAGAGGACAUGAUCUCUCGAUACGCUAACUAUCUGAACAACGAAUUCCAAAGUGGUCUCCUCAGCCAAGCCGAUCCGUCUAAGCACUACUACAUGCCUCCAUCGGCGCCACUUCGAUACGAGCAACCGAUGAGCGAUCCGUACAUGACGAUGCCGUCUACCACCCCUCUGCCGUCUUACACGUACUCGGAACCGGCUGGAAUGCCUGGCUAUUUACCCUACGAGACUCCUCAAGUGUACAGCAGAAGUGAGAACAACUACGGUGCUCGUCCACCCAACUAUCCUCUCGAUUACGGUAAUGUGGAGCGUCAGCGAUUAUUGCAAGCUGCCCAGAUGCAAGCCGAGGACCCGUACGCGCCGGUGCUAUCAGGUGGCCAAUACGAUCAACAGCAACGAUUAUCACAAAUCCCGUCUGCCUACUACUCAUCACAACAGUAUCCGAUGAUGCCUUCUCGUUCGAGCUAUCCGCCUGCGCUCUCUUCAUCGUUGCCAACCGGCUAUAUGGGGAAGACGCCGGCUCGAACCUGGUCCGGAAACAUCGAUCCGUCGGCGUACGAUGCCCGAUUUCCACGUGAAGAUGCGCUGUCAAGGAUGUAUGCGACCGCUGGAAGACGUCGACCCACAGAAUCGCACAGACGAAAGCAUUUGUAUAGCGUAGGAAGAACUUCUGACUACCCGGGACCGGUUAAAAAACCAGUUGAGGACACUGCUCGUCAUCGCUCCGAUGCACUCGACUGCACGUCGUCUUCCACCAUCAAACGCAUUCUCCUCACUAGGCGCUACAAGGACCAUAAUAUUUACAAUGAUCUGGGCAUUCGGGUGGUCGGCGGAAAACGAAUGCCAGGCGGAGAGUUGGGCGCGUUCGUGUCCGCCGUCAAUCAGGCCAAAUACAACCAAAUUCUUGGAGAAGUCAAAGAAGGCGAUCAAGUUCUCGAAUGGAACGGUGUGUUGCUGAAUGGAAAGACAUUUGAAGAGGUGGAGAGGAUUGUGAAUUCCAGCAGUGGCGAAGUCGAAAUCAUACUGAAAUCUGAAGGCGAGAAAUCCCAUCGCAUCUCCAACCUGAGGAAGUACUGCUCACCUCGAGAUCCACAGCGCUGCUCCAACGUGAACGGCUCAGUGCCUACAACCCAAAAGACGCUAAGGAUCAAAGAUGCUUCACCUGACCGAGCGCCUCCAGUUCCGAUGCACCGUAGGAACGGUAAUGAACCGCUGACCUACGGCCGUCAGAAUCCAUCCAGCCGCAUCUACGAUAACGUUGAUGGACUUGAUGUAGUCGAAGAUGGGUGGCAAAACAAGCCCCAGGAUCUCUCGUGUAUCCUCAAGUGGCGGUCACCUACGACCAAAGCACAUCCCGCGUGA